AUGUGUUUUUCUGGCCCUCCUUUUUUCUUAAAUAAAUAAAUCUUUAUUUUUUAUUCUAUUGACACGUGUCGUGACUGUAUGACGUCUCGUUGAGAUUUAGCUGAAUCAGCAGGUGCAAUUAAGCACUUGGCAGUUAUAACCACCACAAUUUUCUUUCCGGUAUCACAAGCUACUCACAUCCGUCGUGGCUAUGGCGUCGUCGUUGUGGUGCUCUUCUCCUUUCACCACCACCACCACCACCACCACUAUCCACCGCUACUCUUUCAUAUCUCACACUCCUCAAUUUCUCAACCAACUCCCAUCUUCUUCUCGCUUUUCCACUACUCCAUCUUCCCUUCGAUUUAGGGUUCCAUGCUCCAACAACAAAACCACCCUAAAAAACGGAAAACCACCCGAAUCCACCGAGCUUGAGCUGCUAGAUUGCGUCGGAACAGGACAAGACGUGGAGUGCGUCCUAAACACAGAACAAGAAGAUGGAAACGCAAAGAAAAUAGAUGAACCAUCAUCGAAGACACUGUGCCUAGCCGAAGGGUUAUGGGAAGGUGCUGUGUUAAUAUCGCCGUUCUUCUUCUGGGGAACCGCCAUGGUAGCGAUGAAAGAAGUGCUUCCGAAAUACGGUCCUUUUUUCGUUUCAUCUUUUCGUCUCAUUCCCGCUGGGUUUCUACUCGUUGCUUUUGCUUCUUCGAGAGGAAGGCCUUUCCCGUCUGGGUUGAAUGCUUGGCUUUCCAUCUCUCUCUUCGCUCUUGUAGAUGCUGCUUGUUUUCAGGGUUUUCUCGCUGAAGGGUUGCAGAAGACUUCAGCUGGUUUGGGCAGUGUUAUUAUUGAUUCACAACCUUUGACAGUGGCCGUACUUGCAGCUUUGUUAUUUGGUGAGUCCAUUGGAAUUGUUGGAGCUGCUGGGCUUGUACUUGGUGUUGUAGGACUUGUGUUACUCGAGUUACCUGCCCUAUCAUUUGAUAGAAGCAACUUCUCACUGUGGGGAAGUGGGGAGUGGUGGAUGCUUCUUGCAGCUCAGAGCAUGGCAGUUGGCACUGUUAUGGUUCGGUGGGUCUCCAAGUACUCUGAUCCUAUCAUGGCAACUGGAUGGCAUAUGGUUAUUGGCGGUCUCCCCCUGGUGGCAUUUGCUAUUCUUAACAAUGAUCCUGCUGUAAGUGGGAGUCUUAAAGAGUACAGUUCAAGUGAUAUAUUGGCACUUCUUUACACGUCCAUUUUUGGAAGCGCUGUUAGCUAUGGUGUUUUCUUCUACAGUGCAACUAGAGGUAGCUUGACCAAGCUCAGUUCACUUACAUUUCUAACCCCAAUGUUUGCUUCAAUUUUCGGGUUUCUGUAUCUUGGUGAGACCUUCUCACCUGUACAGCUUGUUGGAGCCAUUGUUACUGUAGCUGCAAUAUAUAUGGUUAACUUCAGAAACACUUCAACGGAAUGAAUUAUAUAGUCAGUUUUCUACUGGUUCUUUCAACCUAACCCAACAAAAAACUUGCCACGAACUCAAAUUGGGAAUGCUAGUGAUUUUUGACAUGGAGCAGAGAAGUUUGAGUGAUAUGUGAUCUUGAGCACUUCCUAUCCUGGUUUAUAGUGUAAAUACAAUUUCAAUUAGUUGUUACUUUAGGCUUCGAGUCUCUUUCUCGACAAUAUAUAGUAGAAGAUUGUAAGUUACCAGAGUUGAACACAAGGCAAAUAUUGUUUCCAUAGAAAUUUUCUUCUUUGUAUUAGAUGACUUUACCCUACCAAAUAAAAAAGAUGUCUUUACUGUUACACUAGGACAGGACUGAAUAAGAAUGUAUAGAUUAUGACUUGUUUAUGGCAAGUUUUGUAUAUGGUGAAUUGUUGAUCACACGAAUGAAAUAUACAUUUCGGGCUA